AAAAGCGGCGUCUAGAAUUAUUGAAUCUUAAGACUUGACAAAAUACAAAUAGCAAGACCAUUGUCAAAUCGUACAUGCAGUAACAGCGCAGUCCCCCGUUCUACCUUCGAAUCGAGGCAGCGUCGGCUGCUUGCUGCCAUCUCCGAGCACGAUUAUCAAGCAAUACUUUGGCUUUUGGCUUUUGGCUCAUGACAUCCCAUGUAUUUCACAUGGUCUUGAUGGUGGCAUGGCACCGCUUACAACCCCCGAGGACGCCGGAGUCACGGCUGCGACAAACCGACAGAAAGAGCUAUAUAUACACAUCUUCGCCUUCCUCUUAAACAGUUUCCGUUUUCGUCACAAGCUAGCUCUAAAAAUCAGAUAUUAUCAAAGUCGGUAAGUACCGAAAAUGUUGAGCUCAAGGAGUUCGUUUGCUUUUCUGACCCUGGCUUCGAUUUUCUUUGCCUCGUCGCUUUUCGCUUACCGUGUCGUCGUGCUCAACGACGAAGUUUCCACAACGAGGUUGGACAAGAUGGCGACGCUCUCAUCCAGUUCCACGCUCCCUGGUGUGGACACUGUAAAAAGCUUGCUCCGGAGCAUGAGAAGCUUGGCACAAGUUUCAAGAAAGCAAAAUCUGUUUCGAUUGGGAAGGUGGACUGUGAUGCAAACAAGAACCUAUGCGCUAAAUAUGGGGUUCUGGGUACCCCACGAUCCAGUGGUUUCCUAAACAGUCCCUAGAACCCAAGAAGUGAGUGUCCUGUUAAGUCAAUUUCUAUUCUCUCUAAUUAAACAUUUUCAAAAUCCAUGUAAACAGUUUAAAGUCUAAAAAUCGUAGAACAUUUUUCAAC